AUGACACGCUUCCAAGGAAAAGUCGUUAUUGUAACAGGUUCUUCUUCCGGGAUAGGAGCUGCAGCAGCAGUGUUGUUCGCUAAAGAAGGAGCUAAAGUGACAAUUACAGGAAGGAAGCAGAGUGGACUUGAGGCCACCAAGAAAGCCAUCCUUGAAGCUGGCGCUAACGAGGAUGAUGUGAACGUCGUGAUUGCAGACGUCACCGACGGACUGGGUAGAGAGCAAAUUAUUUCAAGUACAAUCCAAAAAUUUGGACAUCUAGAUAUCUUGGUAAGCUAUUUAUUCUGCUGCACUUUCUUGUUAAUCGUCAUUAAUCAAAACUGGUCCUCCCGCACUAAAGACAUCACAUUUUUCAUUAUUCAAUCUCUAGGUUCUUCUUCCGGGAUAGGAGCUGCAGCAGCAGUGUUGUUCGCUAAAGAAGGAGCAAAAGUGACAAUUACAGGUAGGAAGCAGAGUGGACUUGAGGCCACCAAGAAAGCCAUCCUUGAAGCUGGCGCUAACGAGGAUGAUGUGAACGUCGUGAUUGCAGACGUCACCGACGGACUGGGUAGAGAGCAAAUUAUUUCAAGUACAAUCCAAAAAUUUGGACAUCUAGAUAUCUUGGUUAACAAUGCUGGUGCUGCAUUUCGGACAGAAGAUGGACUCAUAGGCUUGGAUGCUGGUACAGAUAUGUUGGAGAAAACUAUGAAAGUUAACAAUGCUGGUGCUGCAUUUCGGACAGAAGAUGGACUCAUAGGCUUGGAUGCUAGUACAGAUAUGUUGGAGAAAACUAUGAAAGUGAACGUGUACAGUGUGGUUGACCUAACCAAGCUAGCUCGUCCACACCUAAUAAAGUCAAAGGGGGAGAUCGUGAAUGUUUCCAGCAUUGCUGGCCAACCAAUCUCCUACGCAAUGACUGCAUAUUACGCCAUGUCAAAGUCAGCUUUGGACCAGUUGAUGAGAGCGUUAGCCAUUGAUCUAAUAGGUGAAGGAGUUCGCGUAAACAGUGUAAGCCCUGGAGUGGUGGUGACAAGGUUUACACAAAAUGUCGGUUUGUCUGACGAAGGUGCUGAGCAGGUAAGGCAAAUUAAAAAGGAUGUGUUAAAUUACAGUUUCUUAACCAUAUUUGUCAGAAUUAGAGCAAAAAAGGGUAGUACAAUACCGCUAUUAACUAAUUUUACAUAAUA